AUGGCAGCUGCCGCACUCCCACCUAAGCUGAAGCCUGCAGCUCGGGUCGCAGGUCAAAGACAAGAUGUUUGGUCUAUCGUCAACGAAGCGGCUGCGGCCUCACCCAAGCAGCCCAUCGUGAAUAUGGGUCAGGGCUUCUUCGGAUACAAUCCUCCACCUUUUAUCAUCAAUGCUGCUAAGUCGGCUCUCGACCGAGUGGAUUGUAACCAGUACAGUCCGACAAAGGGUAGGCCGAGAUUAAAGAAGGCUAUCUCCGAUGCGUAUGCGCCAUACUGGGGCCGAAAACUCAACCCGGAUACUGAGAUCACUAUCACCACCGGUGCAAAUGAAGGCAUGCUCAGUGCCUUUAUGGCUUUUAUAGAGCAGGGCGAUGAGGUCAUUAUUUUUGAACCAUUUUUCGACCAGUACAUUAGCAACAUCGAGAUGCCAGGUGGGAAGAUUGUCUAUGUCCCUCUACACCCGCCGACAGAUGGAGCUACACGAACUUCUUCAUCUGCUGAAUGGACCAUCGACUUCGAUGAGCUCGAGAGAGCCAUCACACCUAAGACCAAGAUGAUCGUUAUCAAUACGCCUCAUAACCCCGUCGGCAAGGUCUUCUCAAAAGAAGAGCUUCAGAGAAUAGGAGAUAUAUGCGUCAAGAACGAAAUCAUCAUCCUCUCCGACGAGGUAUAUGACCGCCUUUACUACGUCCCAUUCACUAGAAUCGCCACCCUCUCGCCAGAAAUCGAGAAUUUAACCCUAACCGUUGGCUCGGCUGGCAAAAAUUUCUACGCCACUGGUUGGCGUGUAGGUUGGCUCAUGGGUCCUCCUCAUCUAAUCCAAUACGUUUCCGCAGCUCACACACGAAUUUGCUACUCAUCUGUUUCGCCGUUGCAAGAAGCCUGCGCCGUUGGAUUCGAGCAAGCCGAAGGCGAAGGAUUCUGGGACGAGACAGUGCGAGACAUGAAGGGUAAAAUGGAGCGUUUCAAUCAAGUGUGGGAAGAAUUAGGUCUACCAUAUACGGAUCCCGAAGGAGGCUAUUUUGUACUCGUCAACAUGAGCAAGGUCAAGUUACCAGAGGAUUACCCGUUCCCGCCGCACGUCGCAUCCCGCCCACGCGACUUUAAGCUAGCUUGGUUCCUCAUCCAGGAGGUCGGCGUCGCCGCUAUUCCUCCCACUGAGUUCUACACCGAUCCUAAUGCGCAUAUUGCCGAGGACUAUAUCCGAUUUGCGGUUUGCAAGGAAGAUGAGGUCUUAGAGACGGCGAAGGAGCGGUUGAGGGGUUUGAAGCAGUAUAUCCAGGAGUAA